AUGACGACGACGGAUGGAAUAAAGACGACGACGAUGAAUCUAUUCACGACGGCAAAGAAGAUGAAACGAAGAAGCAAAAAAGAAGCGAUGUUGACGAUCAUGUGUAUCGUCGUCGCGUUCGUGUUCCUGGUGCCGUUGAGUGCUCUCGCGAUUAUAGCAGGACCGCUCGCUUUGAUGUGUGUUAAACGAAGUAAGCUUCGACCACACGAAGAAGAGUCUGAGAAGGAGGAAGAGGAGACGAAGAAAAGCGGCUUUACUAUAACGAAGAAAGAAGAGAUUGAUAACGAUGAAAAAGAGACUUUAACCAACAAAACGACCACGGUACCGAGUAAAGUGGAAGAGAAAGUCGCGCUGACGGGUUCGGCGGCGUUGAUGGCGAACAUGCGACGGUCGGCGGCGAAUACCGCGAAUACCGGGGAGAAGGCGAAGAUUUCUUCUUCGGCACCGUCGAAAUCCGGUACGAUUUCGAAAGAAGAAAAAGAAGAAACGCGUGAUACUAAGAGCGGCAAAAGUGGGCACACUGUUUGGUACGUUUUGCACGGCGGCGAAGCGGCGCAGCAAGUCGCCAGGGACGUGAAAGAGGCGAUGGAAGAGGAGUUUUUGGAGAAGCGAGGGAUGAGCGACGUGCGCGUGACGACGGCGUCGAUGGAAGAUUUCAAAAAGACGCUGGAGUUGCACCGCAUUCAAGGCGACGACAACAACAAAAACGAUGAGAUCAAUAGGAAAAGAAGACGGGCAAUCUUUGUCGUGGAAACGGUGGAAAACGCGCAACCUGCGGAAGAGGCGGGAAGCUGCAUUAGGUAUUUCAACAAGUUGAGGAAAGCUUUGAAAUCGUCAGAGGGAGGAGAUAAAGCAACAAAACUGCCGUUCGAUGAGAACGACGCAUUUGAGUAUGCCGUGAUGGGAUUGGGCGAUACGAAUUUACUUUUAGAUCGUCAAACGACCACCGCAAAGGAUUGCAAUCAAGCCGCGCAGACGUUAGAUAACGCUUUAGCUGCUUUAGGCGCGCGCAGAUUGUGCGAGAGAGGAUUGGCGAACGAUGCCGUUGGCUUAGAGGAAGGCGUGUUGCCGUGGUUGAAAGAGAAAUUGUUACCAAGCGCGUUCAAAGCUAUCGAGGAAGAGAAAGUUCGAGCGGAGAGAGAUAAGCCGAUCGAGGUGGUCUUUGCGUACGGCUCGCAAACUGGGAACGCGGCUGAAAUCUGUAAGAAUUUAGCGGCGGAGGCGACGGAAAAGUAUAAGAAGGAUAAAACGAUGCGCGUCGAGUGUUUCGCGUGCAACGAACUCGACGCGGAAACAUCUUUGAAACCGGGGACGGUUAUUUUGUUUUGCGUUUCGAGUACGGGCGAUGGGGACGCGCCGGAUAAUUGCGACAUGUUUCUCACAAGAUUAAAGCGAAGAGUGAAGAAGACGACGGCGAGCGAUCCCGUUCUCGCCGGGACUCAGUACGCCGUCUUAGGUCUCGGCGAUCAAAACUAUUCCGCAUUUAUGGCAGUUCCGAGAAUGUUUUCAACAACUAUGGAAAAAGGUGGCGCGACGGUGUAUAAGAAAAGAUUAGAAGCGGACGAUACGCUCGGUUUAUACGAACAAGUCGACGCUUGGGUAGAUACGUUAUGGGAAGAUUUAGAUAAAGCCAUCGCAAGAGCGAAAUCAGCCAGAGAGAAUCCGAAAGGUUUUCUCACCAGUAGUUCAACAAACAACGGUAGUAAAAGUGAUACAACGACGACAGUAACAACAACGACCGCUAAAGAAGCGAUUUUGUCGUCGUCGUAUAAAGGUAUUCCAGCGUUGCAACCGGCGCGCGUGAAAAUAUCGUUUACGAACAACGGACCGACAGAAAGAUCAACAUCUUCGGUAGAAUUAGGAAAAGACGCGCUCGCGACGAGAGAAACUCCGUUCUUCGCGAAAAUUGCCGCGAAGAAGAUUCUCACGAACGCGUCGUCUGACCGAAGAGUCGUGCAUCUCGAAUUUGAUUGCAAGAACAAAAACGAUUCGGUGGAAAAUUACGAGCCCGGAGAUUCGCUCGCGGUGUUACCGAAAAACGACAUUGCGUUAGUGUCUGAAUUGAUGACUCGGUUAGGAGAUGUAGAAGGUACGAAAACGUUCGAUUUGGAAUGGAUAGAAGGUAUGGCGCCGCCAGGGAGUGACGUUGCAACGGCAACAAAGCCGCUUCCGCACGUGAUUACGCCCUGUACCGUUCACGACGCGCUGGAAAAGUACAUCGACAUCACCUCUGUCCCGAGGAAAUCUUUCCUUCGCGCGCUCGCCGAGUGCUGCACAAACGACGACGAGAAAGAUCGUCUUCUGCUUCUCUCCUCUCGCGACGGGAAAGAGCAAUUUCAAACGGAAAUUACCGACGAGCGACCAACUCUUCUGACACUCCUGCGAACGUACCCGAGCUGCUCGAUUUCCUUCGAACGAUUACUCGAUAUCUCGUCGCCCCUGUUGCCUCGAAUGUAUUCCAUCACGAGCUGUAAAGAAUCGCAAAAGAAUCCGUCCGUGGCUUUCUCCGUGGUGAAAUACGAAGCCCCGGAAAGUAAAGAAACGCGAUUGGGCGUCGCCACGAAUUGGCUCGACCGGCUUCCCGUUGACGACGGAGACGAAAAAAAAUACGACUUCAAAAUACCAAUCUACAAAGUCCCCACGAAAGCGUUCGGAUUACCUGAAGAUAUUUCCAAACCAAUCGUAAUGAUCGGACCAGGCACUGGCGUUGCGCCAUUUCGAGGUUUCUUACAAAAACGUGAAGCUUUAGCGCGCGCAAACCCUUCGUUACAAUUCGCCGAAUCCUGGCUCUUCUUUGGCUGCCGACGCAAAGAUGAAGAUUACUUGUACGAAGCCGACUUCAACGCUUUCGUCGAAAACGAAACGCUCACUCGUCUCGUUCCCGCUUUCAGCCGCGAAGAUCCGACUGGGAAGAAAGUCUACGUUCAACAUAAACUCGCCGAACACGAGGAGAAAAUGCGCGACUUGAUCCUCCGCGAAGAAGCGUACGUUUUUGUCUGCGGCGACGGCGCGCACAUGGCCAAAGACGUCCACAAAACGUUGCUCUCCAUCAUCACCAACGGAGGAGGAAAAUACGAGAACGAGAACGACGCCGAGGCAUUGCUCAGGGAAAUGACCAGAGAAGGCAGAUACGUUCGAGAUAUUUGGAGUUGA